AUGACCACAGAAGACAUUCUUGUGGGGACUUGGCACACUCCGGAACAAUUUGUAAACAAAGCUCAGCACUCUCCGCACCCGAUGGAAGAGAAUGCCUUGCACAAAAUUACAAAGGACGCCACAGAGUUUGUUGCCAAGAGCCCGGUGAAACUGGUGUCCAUAGAGAGAAAAAAGAACCUGUUAAAGGCAAAAAUUCUGGCCAGACAGUUGGAAAGUCAAGAAAAAGAACUCCAUGAGGGCCUCCCGACUUCGAUUCAAAAAGUAGUUCAAGACAAGAAGAUCUUGUUGUGGGAAAAACUUCUUGAACUAAACAAUUAUGACGACAUGAAGGUAGUCCACUUCAUGAAGGAAGGGAUUGGCUCUCGAGGCAAGAAAGCCGCAGACGGACUCUCCGAGCACUUGGAAUCCACGGCUCAAGAGGAGGUAGAUUUGGAUUUCCUAGAAGGCCCUUUCACCUCCGCCGAAGAGGUCACCAACCUGUUGGGACACUCCAACUGGAGAAUCAUGAGGAGGUUCGUGAUCGAACAGGGAGCCAAGCUGAGGCCGAUAGAUGAUGGAUUAGAAGCUCAACUCAAUUCGGCGUACACAUCCGCCAUCAGGUUGGACCUACAGGAUGCGGAUUACGUUGGUUCGUCUCUCGACACUGAUGACCUGGUGUCAGAUUUCUUGGACUUGUUAGGCUGGCGUCAUGACCGGACAGGCCCCAAGGGCAAGCCCUUCUCGCCAUCCUUCGAUGUCUUGGGUAUGACCUUAGACCUAAGUAACUUGGAAUCAACAGGACAUCUCACCUUGAAAAAUAAAGAAGGCAGAGUCGAGAAGAUCGCGUCAAAAGUGCUGCAGGUCCAGCAAUCAGGCCAGAUGUCUCUCCUAGAGGCACAAGAGAUUCAUGGGUUGCUGAACUUUGCGACCGGAUACUUUGCGGGAAGAUCAUUGAGAUACAGCUGUUUCAAAAUUUUCUCCUUAGCUGGCAAAGGUCAGACCCUGACUGAGCCGUUACAGGACUGGUGCUGCGAAGUCCUGAUCUUGCUGGAAAAUACUAGACCACGUGCCAUCCCCACAAAAACCAUCCUGAUCUUUACAGACGGGUCGUGGGAAGACGGAUUUGGAGGCCUUGGUGCGGUGCUUCUAGAUGAGUCGUCAGGCUCGCGAUUCGUCAUCCAAGAUCAAGUGCCGGAAGGAUUGUUAUCCCUGUGGAAGGGGUUGGUAGGAGAUCAAUUGAUCUGCCAAAUAGAACUGUUGGCGAUGAUCCUUGUGAGAUGGCAAUGGAAACAUGAACUCCACAAUCGUAAAGUGCUUCUUUUCGUAGAUAAUAAUUCCGCCAGAGGGGGCACUGUGAAAGGAAGGUCAAAUAGUCCAACCAUGGACGAUCUGAUCAAAGCCUUCUAUUCGAUAGAGGUUCAUUUGCCAUCUUUCUGGUGGGUUGAAAGAGUCCCUAGCAAAAGCAACCCAGCUGACGAGCCCUCGCGCAUGGAGGGUCGAGCAGCAGCUGAGCGCUGGGGAGCCACCUUCGUGAAUGGAUUUUCGUGCCUUGAAACAGUAUCAACCUGGCUCACCCAGGCAGCAGCAAAUCGAAAGAAUCCCAAGCAGAAGGGCCCGGUUUGA